AUUUCAAGGGAUCAAAGACAACAUGGCACCGUAAAUAAAUCACAAGCGACAGACAUAAAUAUACACACCAUACUACAUUUUUGCUGCACCAAAUCACCAAGAUAUCUAUAUGAAUGUAUUCAUGUAUUCACACACACACAGAGUCCGCUUGAAACCUGGGUUGCUACAAACAAGUAAACAGAGUGCAUGGCAACGACCUACCGGAAACAGCAAGCAUGGUUUCCUGUUCAGGGGCGGACAACAAUUCACUGGCGUCGCUUGUCGAUCGUGUCUGAAGUCUGAAGUGCAUUCACUCUUUCUCUCCAUUAACUGCUGUGUGCUCAGCCACACCCAUCUCCGGCACAGUUACGGUGCUGCGAAGGAGGGAGGUGUUGGGUGUUGCUGGGAGGAUGCUGCUGACUGGAUGAGGACAGGAGACCUGCUGUCUGGGCCUCGGUAACUCACGCCGUUGAUAAGUGUUUACAACAAGUACCUAAACAACAACAACAAAAACAACAACAACAACAAAUUAAAAAAAGCAAACGAAAUCUGCAGUUGAAAGAGGGAGGAAAAUGGAGGUUAGUAUGGACAUGGACAGGACAGCAGAGCCAAGUCUGUCGGAGCGACUGUCCAGCGGCAGGGAUGGCGGAAGACGACGCAUGCCUACCGGAAGUCGACCACCGAACCGAAACUGGCUGACCCCUGACUCCGUAGCCAGAUACGCUUUACCAGCCUACCUGCUCACUAUCACUGUCACGUGGUACAUGGGCGUGUCUGACGUCCUUCCGGUGCUGUACUCGGACUGGGGAGAGACAUUUGUGCUGUGGCAGCAGGGUUUCGUCACCGUCGUCUUCGUGGAGACGAUGCUCAACUGGCUGUGCAUUCGCUACGUGGACUCCUCCUACACGUGGUACCUCAAGAAGAAACACGCGCUGGGUGGACGAGGUCGAGCGCGAGGUCACGAGUUGGGUGGUCAUGGCGACAGGAACAACGUCCCAACCUUCGGCAGUCCUCGCAGCAUUUCGCUAAACCUGGGGGAUUCUCGUGAGAAUCUCGCCGCCGGGGAGGAUUCGUGCCGUCACCCCAACGGUGCAACGAUGGUCGAGAACUUAGAAAGAGGAGAUCAUCGGGACGACCCUCGAUACAAAACCGAAGAAAGAUCCAUGUUGGAAGACAGGAAGGGUUUUGACGAAGCCUGGCGCCCGACGUUUCGACCUCCCCAACGGACAACUUUCUCGUACUGGUCAUGGGUACCCUGCUAUGUCUGCGAGUUCAUGCGGCCACCCCGUUGCCACCACUGCCCCGUGUGCCAGACCUGCGUUCUCAAGCGCGACCACCAUUGCUACUUCGCCGGCGCAUGCGUAGGUUGGCGCAACCAACGGCAUUUCAUCGUCUUUUCGGUUUGGGCCGUGCUGGCCGUCAUUUACGCUUUGGGCCACGCCGUGCCCUUCUUGUACUCGCACCUGUGGCCGCACAUGGCGGCCUUUGAUCUCAUCGCACCUGUGGCCGUGCUGCGCUGGCUUGUCGGCUACCUGCCUGGCAGGACCUGUCUCUGCAUCGUCGUUAUCUACCUCCUCCUCUACUUCCUGCUGCUGACGUCAGGCUUCCUGCACGAGCAGGCGGCUUUGAUUCGGAAAGGGGUGACGUCAUUCGAGGUGUCCAACCUGAAGAAGUCUCUGGAGCUGGAGGAGACGAGGUGUUUCCGUCUGAAGAUGCGGUCGGUCUUUGGCCGGUACUGGGCGCUGAACUUGAUUGUGCCCUUGCACUGGGUGUUCGAAACGGAGGAGGAUCCAGAAAAUUGGCCACAUGUCAAAGUUCACAGACACUAAAAUAAACAUGAACGAAAUGGUGGUUUUCUCGCGCGAAAAUUAGAACUAGCUAGCAGCACAAGGUAUUUCCGAAAAAGAGUUUCUCUUGGGCCGAGGUAAGACAUCAAAGAGAAAGGGGAAAAGAAUUUUCAGAUAUGAAGCCGUGAAGAAAGAGUGUCUGGUGAAUUUCUUCCCUUUAAUUCGCAGCACAGACAGGUUAGCACUAGCAGAUAGAUGAAAGGGUGUCCGCGAUGUUUUAAUGUUCACAAAAUUUUUUAAAAUGGGACUGAAGGAAAUUUAGUACUAAAAAUGGUGCAUCAUUCGAUGAAAUCAAAUCAAAUAUUUUACAAGUUUGCAAAUUAAGCGUUUUAGAGAUGAAAGGUUGUCCUGUCCACCAGUCUUCAUGCCUGCGAGAAGGGAACAUCAUCACUGAAAAAAUUAAGUAGAGAGAAGAGACAACUGACUUGAGGACUUCGAGAAACUGCUCUACUGACCAAGCCUCCAGUCCUAGCUAAUAUCCCAGAAAGUGAAGAAUAUGAACAUAAACGCGGGAUCCAUAGCCGUGACUGAAGUAAAGGAAGCCAUCCAACAACAAAUGAUGACAAAGCCCCAGAGCACGAUGUUCAGACUUGUAGCAGGUCAUCCCGACCUUGCUCUAUGAUAUAUUCUAGAUUACAAGGAAAACUGAACAAACGCAAAAAGAAUGAAAGAAGGGUGUAAUCUUCAAAGGAUAGCUUUGGGGGCUGCAACAAUUGGCAAGAAAUAACCCUGUGAUCACAGACCAGAACAAUCUUCAUUCGAAUCAUUUUCAAAUGGCUCAGAGCUGUUUGUCAUGUCAUCAGACAAGAAGGAGCAGGCUUUAGAAAAGCAAUGUCAUGCAGUGAUCUCAUCUCCACCCUCAGGCAGAUUGUUGAGCAAAGAAAAAAAUGAAACAAAACUCUCUACUCCACGUUCGUAGACUUUGAGAAAGCUUUUGACAGCAGACUACGCGAGUCGUUAUGAAAAUCAUGCGUCACUACUGACUACCAGUACUGGAAGACUUCAAUUAUGUUGAUGACUGUUACACUAUUCAGACAACACAACGAAUAUCAGGAAAAACAAUCGCCAAUGUAACCAAAACUGCAUCAAAAAUAGAAUUUAAAGUAGACACAGACAAAGUAAAAGAAUAUUCGCGUU